CCACACUCUCACGCAUUCACCUCAUCACUCCCCCCACUCUCUCUCUCUCUCUCAUCCCUCAUUCUGCAUUCGCUUCACCAACAAGCUCCUCCUCUCCUUCCUCCCUUUCCUCCCUCUUCAACUCCACUCCUUUGUUCUUUUUCCGCCCACACCAAUGUCUGCUCUCCGCUUCCCCAACUUGCCGCCCUCUGAGCCCCAGGGCUCCGAUCUCCUCGCCCAGGAGCGUGCAAAGACCUCCUUCAGCGUCCACGAGCUCUCCACUUUCCUCUAUGGAGAGAUUUACCUCGAGAACCAGGAGCGACUCAUGGCCAUUAUCGAGAACGAACCCGCCUUCGACAAGUCGAACCGGUACUUCCGCGGACGCACCGAGCGUUUUGCGGCUGCCUUGCGCAAGGACCAUGCUAUCGUCAAACUAGCCCAGAAACACAAGUGGACCCCAGAUGUGUUCAUCCAGGCAGAGCAAUUGAUCGACGAGCCUGGUCCCUUUGGUCUCCACAGAGGCAUGUUCAUGCCCACAUUGGCCUCCCAAGGCACAGAGGAGCAAAUCGAAAAGUUCUUGAAGCCUGCACAGAGAUAUGAGAUCAUCGGAUGUUACGCGCAGACGGAAUUGGGCCACGGUUCGAACGUGCAAGGAAUUGAGACGACGGCGACCUACAUCCCUGAGACAGACGAGUUCGAGAUCCAUACCCCGCACUUGACAGCAUGCAAGUGGUGGAUCGGAGGUCUGGGCAAGGCCGCAAACCAUGCUGUGGUCAUGGCUCGGUUGAUCACGUCUGGCAAGGACCACGGCCCUCAUGCGUUUGUGGUUCCUAUUCGUUCGAUGGAGGACCACACAUUGCUUCCAGGCGUCAUGGCUGGAGACAUUGGUCCUAAGAUGGGAUACAACACCACCGACAAUGGUUGCAUGUGGUUUGACCAUUACCGCGUCCCUCGCAUUUCCCUCCUCGCAAAGUUUUCGAGCAUCAAGCCCGGCUCAGGCGAGUAUAUCAAGCCGCCUAACGCGAAGCUAUCGUAUGGAACCAUGGUCUUAGUCCGUGCCUCCCUUGUGGGCGCGGCGCGCCAGGGCAUCGCCAAGGCUGCGACCAUUGCUACUCGUUACUCCGCCAUCCGCCGCCAAUUCGUUGACAAGGACGCGCCCAAGAAGUUGGACAACCAUGUCAUCGAGACACCUGUCCUCGACUACUCGAUGCAGCAAUAUCGACUUUUCCCAAUCAUCGCUGCUGCUUAUGCGUUCUUCUUGACCAGCAAGGAGAUGAUGCGAUUGUACCACCUCAACAUGAAGAAUAUGGCCUCGGGUGAUUUUUCGUUGCUGGCUGAUGUCCAUGCCUCAAGCUCAGGUCUUAAAUCCCUGACCACCACCAUGGCUGCCGCAGGGAUCGAGGAAUGUCGCCGUGCAUGCGGUGGUCACGGUUUCUCUACCUUUUCGGGACUUCCUCUGUUGUUGCAGGACUAUGUCCCCAAUGUGACCUGGGAGGGUGAUAAUUACAUUCUGACCCAGCAAACGGGCCGGUAUCUGUUCAAGUCCUUCCGCGAGCUGGUAGCGAAACGUAACUCUGGCAAGCUGAACGCCAGCCAGGUCAACAACCCAACGCUCGCCUACAUGAACACCUACCUCGAGAACCCGCAGCUCAAGUGCCCAGCCACCUCGGCAGCCCAGUUCCACAAUCCUGAAAUCCAACUUGCUGCAUUCGGCCACCGCGCUGCAUCAUUGGUCGCACAGAUUGUGCACGCAUUGGAUGUGGAGAAGCGCACCUGGAACUCGAUGCUGGUUGACAUUUACAACGUCUCUGUGGCCCACUGCCAAUUCAUCCUUGCUCAAAAUUUUAUCCUGGGCAUCCGUGGCGAGAUGUCUCAGCCCGAUGGUGGUAUCGACCCUGCAAAAUCCCUUACGCCUGGUGCGAAGGAGGCAUUGAAGGACCUGUCGGAUCUGUUCGCGAUGCACACGAUCCACAGGCAGCCGGGCGAGUUCUUGACAUCGGGCUACUUGGAGGCGAAGCACAUUUCGAUGCUCGGGGAGGCGAUCAUGGAAUUGAUGGCGAACAAGAUUCGACCAAAUGCUGUGGGCUUUGUGGACGCAUUUGCGUUCCCAGAUUAUUUGCUAAACAGUGCGAUCGGUGCGUUCGACGGACGGGCGUAUGAGCGCUACACGGAGAUGGCGACGCGUGAGCCUUUGAAUCAGACGGAGGUUGUGGAAGGAUAUGAACAGUACAUUAAGCCGUUCACGAACCCGAAGGGAUUGAGGGGACACACUCUGCAGGCGAGACUUUGAGAAGCCGAUAACCGAUAGACCAGCCUAGGCUCGACCCAGACUGGAUGUUUGCAAUUUCCAUUUUCAUUUAUGUUAUCCGGAGGGGGCUGGGUCGAGCCUAAGACCAGCCUACAGAGGGCCUCGAUCCGAACAUCUCGUCGAACUUGCGGAGCAACACCGGCCAGAGCAGUUUGAGGCCAUUAAUUGUUAUGAACAAAGCUAUAAAUAAAGCACAUAGACAUGUCGAACAUCGU